AUGAGUGCUUCGGGUAGUAACAGUGCUAAUGCUAGUGCUAGUGCUAGUGCUACUCUAUCAACAAAGAGAGAUGGUGCUUGGCAAUGGACUACACCUAUUCCUGGCCAUUUAACAUAUUUUCUAUGCAGUUUCUGUAAUCAAAGAUGUACCGGUGGCAUUUCUAGAUUCAAGCAGCAUCUUGUUGGUUCACGUAAAGGAAUUAGAGCUUGUCCGAAAGUUCCACCUAAUGUGAAGAGUUGGUGCAUUGAAGCACUUAAAACAAAUGAAGUAGGGAAGUUUGCUAAGAUUGCACUACGUAGGGAGAUAGGGGGUUUGCCACUACAAGAAGAUGAUGAUGCAGAAGUUCAUAAUACAGUUGUAAGUGAAAGUGGUAGUGUGCAACCAAGGACAAGAGGGCCAUUAGACAAGUAUGUUCCCACCACCGCGCGGCAAACUACUUUGAAUUCUUCAUUCAAGAAAGAAGAAAGGAAAAAUGUGUGUAGGGCUAUUGGACGCUUCUUUUACACUAGUGGCUUGGCAUUCAAUGUAGCAAAUAAUCCCUAUUAUUUUGCCGCAUGUGAGCAAAUUGCAAAUUUUGGCCCCGGGUUUAAACCUCCAUCUAGUCAUGAAUUGAGGACUUGGAUUUUGAAAGAAGAAGUUGUGGAUGUCCAAAAAUUGAUGGUAGCGCACAAGAAAGAUUGGAACCAAUACGGAUGCACCAUUAUGUCUGAUGGUUGGACGGAUGGUAAGAGUAGGGUAAUAUUAAAUUUUUUAGUCAAUAGCCCUAAGGGUACAUGGUUUUUGAAAUCCGUUGAUGCAUCAGAUACAAUUAAGAAUGGGGAAUUGAUGCUUAAAUAUCUAGAUGAUGUUGUGGAGGAGAUAGGAGAGGAGAAUGUGAUUCAAAUUGUUACCGACAAUGCUUCUAACUAUAAGUGGGCGGGAAAAGAACUUAUGAAGUAUAGAAAGAAAAUGUGGUGGACUCCAUGUGCGGCUCAUUGCAUUGAUUUGAUGUUGGAGGACAUAAGCAAGUUGAAAGUUUUUGCGACUACAAUUCAAAGAGCCAAGCAAAUUGUGAAGUUCAUUUAUGGGCACACACAAGUUCUUUCCAUUAUGAGAAAAUUCACCGGCGACAAAGAGAUCAUUCGUCCGGCGGUUACAAGGUUUGCCACAUCGUUUCUAUCUCUUCAAAGUUUAUACAAGCAAAAGAAUGCUCUUAUCACUAUGUUUACAUCUAAAGAAUGGCAUGAAUGUGGAUGUGUAAGGCAUAAAGACUCUUAUGAUGUGAGGAAGUGGAUACUCCAUGAUGUUAGCUUUUGGAACCAUGUUGCUUAUUGCAUAAAGAGUGUUCUACCUCUUGUUUCUGUGUUGAGAGAAGUUGAUUCAGAAGUAAGACCCGCCAUGGGAUUUAUUUAUGAAUUGAUGGAUGCCGCAAAAGACAAGAUAGCAAGUAAUCUAGGAAAUGUGCUCGCCAAAUAUGCAGCAAUUUGGAAAAGAAUAGAUAAUAGAUGGAGUCCACAACUUCAUCAACCAUUGCAUGCGGCGGGGUAUUACUUGAACCCUCAAUUUCGUUAUGAAGAUAAUUUUAAAAACACCGAGCAUGUGAAGAAAGGGUUGGAAGAAUGCAUGGCAAGAAUGCUAAGUGUAGAAGAUCUCCUAGUUGAUGAGGAUGCUGAUUUUGAAGCAUGA